CAAAAGCGUAGCUCAGCCCCGGUCGCUGUUUGAUGACGCUAAUAUCGAAGUUGUGCGGCUCGGGCCGAUGAUGGGGGAAGAGAGUAAAGUGGGAGAGGUGGUGUUUAGGCGAGGCUGCGGACAGAGUGAUGAUUCGGAUAUCUGGGAUGAUACGGCGCUGAUAAAAGCCUAUGACAAGGCGGUGACCUCGUUCAAAAAUGCCUUGAAGAAUGGUGAAUAUAUUCAGCCAUAUACCAAGGAGUGCAGUGGAACUGGAACAAAACAGAAGCACAAAAAAAACAAAAACAGGAAGAAGAGCACUGUGCACCUGGAUAGAAAGUGGCGGGUUGGUGAUACUUGUAAUGCAGUGUGGUCUGAAGAUGGCAACGUGUACUCAGCCACUAUUCAGUCUGUUAACGAAAAGCAAGGAACAUGCGUUGUGAUGUACAUUGGCUAUGGAAAUGAAGAGGAGCAGAAUCUGACAGAGCUGGUUCCAGCUGAUAGCUCUGAAGCAGAGAAUGAGAAUCCUAAACAGAAAAAUGGGUUUGGCCAGCAAUCGACGGAUGAAAGUGAUGCUGUUUCACCUGUCUAUAAAUCUCGCCAGUCAAAUGAAGCCAAAUUAAAAUCACCAAUGGAUCAGUCUACCUGGAACCACUGUCUUCCUCCUGAACCACCACAAAUGUCAGGAUUUGGCUUCCCUGGUGCGAAGUUUCAUGGCCCACCACCUUUCCUACCUGGUUGGUUACCAACAGUUCCAGCCGGACCACCGUUAAUUCCUCCUCCACCUCCAAUGGGUCCAGAUUCAACUGAUGAGGAUGAUGAAGCUUUAGGAAGCAUGCUAAUAGCAUGGUACAUGAGUGGCUAUCACACUGGUUAUUAUUUGGGUCUCAAGCAAGGGCGAAUGGAAGGGGGCAUGGGGAAGAGUCCCCGUUCUUAGUUUGUCAGAAUGGUGAAUGUUUCUCUCCCAAGGAGAGGAGUGCAAUGUUUUUGCAAUGGAUUAUGUUUAAAAUGUUACUGGUAUCUGUAUGAAUAAGCCAUUAGUACAUUUUUGGGGAUCCUUGGGAUUGAAUAUCUGCUUUGUAUUAAAUAGUGAAUAAAAAAUUCUUUUGUUUCA